GUCAAAAAACGAAAAAUGGCCACUAUGCUUCGAGGUUUUGGGAAGGGUGCCACCCUAUUGAGCAAUAAUGCUGCUUUUCUGUCAAGACUGCAGCCAGUAGUCACCCAGAUGUCCUUCACCAGCACCAAGGCCCAGACACAGGACAUUGCUUACAAGGAAAUGGAGGAAUUCUGGGAGAAAAAUCGACGUCUUAACCGACCACUCUCACCUCAUCUUAGAAUCUACAAUCCAGAGCUGACCUCCAUGUUGUCACUAUGUCACAGAGCUACAGGGAUAGCAAUGGCAGUCACUGUACCAGUAGUGGCUGCCACUCUCUUAGGUCUACCUGGGGAUUUCCCUUCAUAUAUCCAAUAUAUAAAGGACCUACAGAUUAAUCCACUGCUCAUUACAGCAGCUAAAUAUGUGUUAGCUUUCCCUGUCUGUUAUCAUUACAUAAAUGGCAUCAGACAUCUUGCCUGGGAUUGGGCCAUUGGAUUCAGCCUGAAGACAACAUACCAGUCUGGAUACUUUGUAUUAGCCCUGGCUCUGCUGGUGUCCGCAGCAUUUGUCCACCUCGUGUAAUCAACUUGUUAAAAAGAGAGACUUUUACAGGGUGCCAUAUACUUGCUGAUCGGCUGUGCUUUAUGGAUUGAAUAUUAGGCAUAAUUAUUGAUGUUUAUAAUCUCAGUAACAGCAAUUAUGUGACCACCUUGGAAUAAUUGUUCAAUUUUACAUGAUCGUCGUUUAUUUAUAUUGUACUAAAGUACAGGUUACCUUUAUUUUUCUUUGUAAAGAGGGGAAACCAAGUUAUUGGUUUUAAGUCUUAAAGAUGUUUGAAAUAAGUAAACAUAAUAUUUUCAGAAUAUUUUGUCAAUUGAAUACUAGCUGUAACACUCUUAAGAUCAGUGGUUUACAGUAAUUUUGCUUUCUUUAUACUCAAGCAUUAACAUGUUUUGCCGAUAACUAUUUCAGAGUUAACAUAAGCAUAUGUAAAGUAUAAAGUAUAAUGCUUUACCUGCCAAUACAUUUAUAUCUAUGUUUGUAGACAAUGAACUGCACUUGUUUUUAUUUAUAAAAUCAAACUUUGUAUGGAAA